AUGUUUACAAUACCAUUGCAGUUGUGUGUUGCAACAGAGGUUGAAACAUCGCAGGAAGGGAUUACUAUAACCAGAACCAUAAGGAACCCGGCAUACGAUUAUAAGAAACCCACGCGAAGGAAGCUGGAACUGAACGAUCCCAUUGAAAAGUUAGGAGGUGAUCGCCCGGCGGGGAAGACGCCGUUUAUAAUUCCACAACUAAGUGAUGGAGAAGACGAUGAAUUUCUGAUGAAAGCAUUUGCGGCCAACGCACAACAGCUGGGAAGGCAGGGAAAACAGGACAAAGCAAAGAUGAGGCCUACGCCUUCGCCAGACAUCCUUUUGUCACCGAAACAAUCUCGUCCUAGAUCUGCCGUGAAGGAGGAAGCAAAGGUGAGGCCUACGCCUUCGCCAGACAUCCUUUUGUCACCGAAACAAUCUCGUCCUAGAUCUGCCGUGAAGGAGAAAAGGAAAGCCGGAAUCAAUCCUCAGGCGACGUAUGAUCCUUUAGAGAAGGUCGAUAGAAAGAAGAAAGUUGCCCUCCUCGAAUAUGUGAAGACAUAUUUGGAUAACCCUAUCGAAAGUAGCAGGCCUGUGGCAGAUUUCUACCUAACCUUAAUGACACCCAAACAACAGUGGGCUGUAGAUGAAUACGGGUGGCUUUCCGAUUUGCAUAUGGUCGCGGGUAUGAACAUGUUCCGCCAAAGGUCAUUGCGUAAGUCGUGUCCAUAUAGAAACGAGAGGAUUACUUUCCUCGACCCUCAGUUCACCAGUUUGUUGUGUAUAGAGUACAGAAAUAAGUAUCUCGGCCACGAGAAGACGUUUGAAUUCUCUAUUGGGCACGAGAACCAUUACAACGGUAUUGCCCCAGACUGUGCCGUAACCAACAAGAAAUGGGUUAAAGAUGUUGACACUUUGUACAUCGCCCAUAAUAUUCUCAAUACUCAUUGGGUGGCAGUUGAGGUUGAUUUGCUAAUUAAGAGGGUAAAAGUUUAUGAUUCCAUCUACUCGGCAUUUGAUGUGGAUGUCGUAAAAGAGUCUGUGAAGCCGUAUAUGAAGCUGGUUCCGCUACUUUUGAGACACGUCGUACAAAAAGAGGAGAAGCAACAAAUGGGCGGGAUUGCCUACAACUUCUACCUGGUAAAGGGUCUUCCGCAGAAUGAUCAAACCGGGGACUGCGGUGUAUACACCCUGAAGGCCAUCGAGUGUUUAGCUCUUGGACGGACUCUGACCGGCAUCGACGACACGAAUGUGGGUGACAUCCGUAUCAAGUACGCUGCUGAGAUGAUGGCUGAGGUGGACUUGUCUGACUUCCUGCUACCGAUAAUCCCAGAGACAAGCCCGUACCCAAAGACAAGCCCGUGCUCGCGUGGUACAUCUGAUGACGCUUCGCAGGGGCUGGAGACGGAUUCGUUGGAUUCGUUGUAG